GAAAAUCGCCAUCUUGUGCACCACAUGACCUCGUUGCCGCGUCCCGUGACCAGCUCACGUGAAUUUUGGCAAAUUCAAACAUUUUUGGUGGAAAAUAUGGACAUUUUGGAUCAACACCUUCAACAACAGGAUGUCAGGUAGCGUUUAUAUUAACUAUCGGCUGGUUAAUGAUGAAAACACAUAUUCCUCCUGUUCCGCCUGAGGUUUCGUCAAGGUCACCAGAUAGUGCACGGUGCGCACUUACAGCCGUAGGACGACAGGAGUCGUGGAACACCGUUGGAACAAAGGAUGAAUCCGGAACAGGAAUUGUUAUUGAAGAAGCAGAGAUUGUCGAUUGUGAAGCAGAAGCAGUUGGAGACGAUGGAAUGCGAUAUCAGGAAGCACUUGCUUAUAGAGUGGUUCAAGUAAAUGGUACAUCAAGCAGUAAUGAAAUAGAGCUGCCUGUAGGACAACCAGGAAGCAAUACUGUACAAGUUUUAACGUCUCCUUUGAAUGGACAGUUUUAUGUCAUUGGCAAUGCUAAUGAUGUUUUCACUACUGCUCAAACGUCUAGGUCUUUAGUUCCAAGGACUACUACUCUUCAAAUAGAAACACCGAGAAAUUGUACUACUGGUUUAAAAAAGAGGGAUGAUAGAAGAAGAGCAACGCACAAUGAAGUUGAACGUCGGCGUAGAGAUAAAAUUAAUAAUUGGAUUGCAAAAUUGGGAAAAAUAAUACCAGAAUGUAAUGCCACCACUAAUACCAGUGCAGGAAGUGGUAAUGGUGGAGAAGGAAAGGCAAACUAUGAAACACAGAGCAAAGGAGGGAUUUUAGCAAAGGCUUGUGAGUACAUAGGCGAAUUACGUGCAGCAAAUCAGGGCUUGGGUCAAUGUUUACGAGAUAAUGAGAAAUUAAGACAGGAAAUAACCGCCUUAAAACAGCUCAUUUCGCAGCUGAAACGCGAAAAUCUUCAGCUUCGGACACAGUUGUCUUCAUCUUCAGGGACAAGUGCUGAUGUCCAUUUAAGUUCGUAAUUUUGAGUUGGAGUAUCACAUGUAAAUAUUAGCCAUCAUGUAAGAAUUAGAAAUAUCUAUCUUGUUUUUCUUUCUCUCUCUCUCUCUCUUUCUUUUUUUAAAUUGUUUCCUGUUUUCUAAACUGACAUCAAUUUGUAGUAAAUUCUAUGAUUUUGGAAUUAUAUCAAAAUCUGAUUAAAUAUUUACUUACAAUUAGAUAAAUUAGAAUAUCCUAAUAAAUAAUCAUGAACAACGUUUUAUAGUUAUUACCAUCUCUAAUAUGCAAAUUGCAUUUUAAAUGCUGUGGUUUAAAGUAUACUUUGUUAAUAUUGUUAUUUGAGCAGUGUCUAUAUAAGUUGCGCUAUAAUAAUUGUUAUUUUAAUUAUCAUUUAAUUAGGAUUUUGAAAGUAAUAAGAAUGACCGAAAUUUAUGAUUGUGUGUGUGUGUGUGUGUGUGUGUGUGUGUGAAUGAUAGCAUUGCUGAUGCUAUAAAAACACGAUGCAAUAUUUUAAUAUAUGAAAAGAUUUCUUCUAAUCCAAAGACAGGAUUAAAGUGUUUAGUUUCUAUAGUCAAGUUUUAUAUAUAUUACAAAAUUGUAUGUUCUUUCUUAAUCUAUAUAAUAGGUCAAAAAAUUUCUUUUAUCAUAAACAAAGUAGAUUUGUAUAAUGAGAGUUUGAGUUAUGUGUUUCAUUUGAUAUUGUAUAUUUUUAAACCUGCAACCAAAUUUACCACCAAGGUAAACAUGUUACUAUUGUGUUUCAUGUUUAUAAAUAUAUUGCUUAUUUAUAUUACCAUCAUCGCGUUUAAAUUUAUUAUAUUUAAUUCAAUAAAUUGGCCCAAUGUUAUCAGCCGUUAUAUCACACACAAUAAUUUUAUGUUAGAUUCUUCUCUGUAGUAAUUAUUUCGAAAUGUUAACACUGACAUAGAUUCAUUUAAUAAUGCAUUCAGUACUGAGGAAAUUAUAGGCACUACAUUUUGACUAUCGUCAUGCGGAUGCAAUUUCAAUUACGAGUAUUUUUUGAUCUGCAAAUAUACAACUGAAUAUUUGUGAAUAUCGUUGGACAUAUUUUAUUUUUAAUACUUCUAUUAUAUUAACGCGCGCGCGAGAAAUGUAUAGAAUAUACAACAAACUAGGAUAGGAUGUAAAAUGUAUUAAUUAUACUUUUACGUUCGUGUAAACAACAAUGUGAUAUUUGCACAUACAUAGUAAAUAACACAUCUAAACUUUAAUUAGGCAGUAAAUAAUUGUAAUAUAUCGUUAAUGUACAUAGUACUGCAUUGUUACAUAAUUAUUAUUGAUCGUCGUCACAUCAUUAAAAUAAUCUGAUAAAAGUGA